GUCGACGCUGAGACAGUCCAUUUAUGAAAAUCCAGCAUGGCUUCCUUGAAAGAGGAAUUAGAAAAAUUGACUAAUCCAACUCCAGUUUUCAAUGAUCCAGAAGACGAAACGGAUGCUGCGCGGUUAGUGGACAAAUCUCAAGAGUUUGACCGUGAUGAUGAGCCUCAGGAUCAGAGUUCUCUGCGACAGCGGGCAGCCCCUCUUCUGUCAGACACUGACAGCAAGUAUGCAGGAAAGAAGGUUUCCAGAAAGUCUUGGAAACAGGAUUCAGAUGAUGAUGAUGUUGACGAAGCUGCCGUAGCUGCACUGGACAAGGCAAUGGAUGCAGACAGCCUCACUGAGGACAGUGAUGAUGACGAGGGUGAUGAUGAUGAUGUUUCAGAGUCUGAAAGUGGUGAAGAAGAAACACAACUUGAGAAAUUCAAAACUAAAUUAAACGUAUCAGGUUCUGAUGGUGGAUAUACAUCUCAGGAAUUCAGUUUUGUGGAUGAUGGUGAUUACAGCAAGUAUGCUGAUGAUGACGACAGUGGGGGAACUGAUGCUGAUGAUGACUCUCAGGAUGAUGAUGACAGUGCAGAAGAGGAGGAUGCAAAUGAAACUAGCACUGUUUCCAAUUUUACACCACGCCAGCAGGACGAAGAUGUGAAGAAAGGAAAUGCUGCUCGUGCCCAGCUGACAUUAUGGGACACUUUGCUGGAAGAGAGAAUUAAAAUGCAAAAAACUGUCACAGUUGUCAACCAGCUGCCGCAUCCUGACACCUGGCAACGGUUUAUGGAAACAGGGGGAGACAACCUGGAAAAAUCUACUAAAAAUGCCCGCAGUGUUCUGAAGAGUCUUCUUGGUGAUCUAGUUGAGCUACAGACAUUACUGCUCCUCCAGAACCCAGAAACGAAGCACAUUGUUGAAGGAACGUCACCAUCUAACAAAAAACAACUGGAUGAAGAUGAUGAGGAAAUUACCAGUGAUUCUGAAAAAGAAGAUACUGCUACCACAGAUCAGAAAACUAAACUGAAAAGCUCAGUUCUUAAACGCAAACUAAAAAUGAAAGAUUACCCAGAAUUCUUAGCGAAACGACAUGCCAGUUUCAAAGCAUACAGAGAUUCGACAAUAGAAAAAUGGCAUGACAAAACUAGACUUGCUACAGGCAAAGUGAACAGUAAAUCUUUCGGAGCCUUUGACCAGUCUGUGAUGAAGCAAGUGCAGCAGAUUUUAAGUGACAGAGACCGCCUGGUGAAGAGGACUCAGUUGAAGAGGUCGGCGUACCGCGUGCUGGGAAACGUAGAGAAGAGAGAGGAAGAGAUAGAGAGACACACCGCAGCUGAUGAAAGCUCCGAGGCAGCACCUACGCGAGAUCACUUGAAAGAUUACGACGAGGAGAUAUUCGAUGAUGACGACUUCUACCAUCAGCUGCUGCGAGAACUCAUCGAGAGGAAGACCAGUGAGAUUAAUGACCCUGUCGAAGUCAGCAGACGCUGGUUGGCAGUACAGAAAUUGAGAAACCGAGUGAAGAAAAAUGUUGACAGAAAAGCUAGUAAAGGAAGAAAAAUUAGAUAUGAGAUACACAACAAACUGGUCAACUUCAUGGCUCCUGUUGACAGAACCACCUGGUCUGAAGAGGCAAAGAAUGACCUGUUUAAGUCAUUGUUCGGCCAUUGUUUCCAGCAGACAGAAGUGAAUAAGGACAAUGAGUCUGGAGACGGAAGUGCUGAGAGAUGACAUCACUCACAAUAAACUCUUUUGUUUUUGUU